UUUAUUGGCAGUGACUCAUCGAGUCUUCAGGUGCAGCUGCAGAACUUGGGUUUCCUGUAGUAGUGUAUUUGGGUAUCUUUGGGUCAGCAUGAAGACUUAUUGUUUGUCUUUGAUUACCUUUACUCUACUGUCAGUUCAACUACCCAGUGCAUCAGGAGGAAAGAUACUAGUGUUCCCAUUGGAUGGAAGCCACUGGGUAAACAUGAAAGUGCUCGUAGAGGAGUUGCACGCCAGAGGUCACAAUAUCACUGUAAUUCGAGCAUCUGACAGCUGGUACAUCAGUGAAAAGUCACCUCUCUACACCUCCGUCACUCUUCCCUCCCAUGGAGAAUUUGAACAAAACUUUGAAAAGUUUUUGUUUCUGCAGCUGGAGCUCCUCCUUCAGGCUGACCCCGUGUCUUUCUGGUCUCAUAUCUGGACUCACAUUCAGAUGAAGCGGGUGAUUUUGAAGCAGUUCACUCACUUUCACAAAAAAGUGAGCGAACUAGUUGUCCAGAUGUUUGAAGAUGAAAACCUGAUGCAGUCUUUCCAUGCUGCCAAAUACGACGUGGUUCUGACCGACCCGGGAAUCGGAGGAGGGGCGAUGCUGGCACGUCGGCUCCAAGUCCCUCUUGUUUUCAAUGUCAGGUGGACCAUUCUAGGCGAAGCCCACUUCCUUAUUGCCCCCUCGCCUCUGGCAUACAUUCCUUACACUGCGACAGAGUUGACAGAUAAGAUGACCUUCACUCAAAGGGUGAAGAACGUUUUGAGCUUUGUCAUUGGAAUGUACACACUGUCAAGCAUCACCGAACCUGUCUACAAACCAGUGGUUAGACGCUACUUUGGCCCUGAUGUGGAUUAUUCAACCUUUUUCUUGGAUGCUGAUAUAUGGCUCAUGAGAAAUGAUUUCAUUUUUGAAUUUCCACGACCAACAAUGCCAAAUAUAGUCUACAUGGGUGGAUUUCAGUGCAAGCCUGCAGAGCCUCUCCCUACUGACCUGGAGGAGUUUGUCCAGAGCUCUGGAGAACAUGGCGUCAUAAUGAUGACUCUAGGAACUUUACUUGCAAAGCUUCCGCAACACAUCGCUGAGGAAAUUGCAGCAGCCUUUGCUCAGCUUCCUCAAAAGGUUAUAUGGAGGUAUGUGGGACAAAGGCCAGCCAACCUGGGAAACAACACAUUGCUGAUCAAAUGGCUUCCACAGAAAGACCUCCUAGGACAUCCUAAAAUGAGAGUGUUUGUUACCCACGGAGGCACCAACGGAGUCCAGGAAGCAAUCCACUACGGGGUUCCUGUAGUUGGGAUUCCUUUAUUCUUCGAUCAGCCUGAUAAUCUCUCCAGAGUCCGAGCAAAGGGAGCAGCUGUGACCGUGAACAUCGCAGCGCUCAAUAGACACAUCUUUAAAGAGGCGCUGGCGACUGUUCUCUACAACUCCUCUUACAAGGCAAACAUGCAGACACUCUCAAGGCUGCACAGAGAUCAGCCCAUGAAACCCAUGGAACAGGCAAUGUUUUGGAUAGAAUAUGUCAUGAGACAUAAAGGAGCCCAUCAUCUGCAGACGCAAGCCCACAAAAUGUCUUGGUUCGCUUACAACUGUGUGGAUGUCAUUGCAGCUUUGCUGGCAGUGGUGUUGCUUAUAACAUUAAUCUUCUUUUCAGUUGUAAGAUUACUAUGGAGAAUGAUUUUUGUUGGGAAAAAGGUGAAACAUGAUUGACACCAAAAGAAUCCUCACAUUGUAAAACAUUCACAGAGCACAUUGUUAAAGUUGAUAAAUGUUGAUAGUUGAUAAGUUGGUAAAGAUUGUACAUGAUUCUACAUGAUAUGAAUUAAUCUUUUUGGAUUUAUCAACACAAUGACGGAUUAGAUACCACCAUUAUUUAAUUUCUAAAAACCAUAAAGAAAGUCUAAGAGAAUGAGUCCUGUAACAAAUUGUGUAUUCUUUAAUUUGUCAUGCUUAUACAUACAGAAUACAGUAUUUUCGCUGCAUUAUGCCUCAUUUUCAAAGACUCACAGUGGAAAACCAUGGAACGAUGGAUGGAUGGCACUUUCACUUCAAUUUUUAAAUUAAUUCUAGGGAAACAUCCUAUACCAUUUAUAUUCACAUUGAUAUUUUCAUUUUACCUUGUGGGAAGCAAUCUAUCCUGUAAAACAGUAUUUAUAUUGCUCCGUUUAAUGACCAAGUCGCUUAACGUUGCAUGCACUCACUUGACACUAGAUGGCAACACACGUAAGCAUCAAAUAUCAAUUCAUGUUUGCAUUAGAGUAGAUGUGUAAUUCCAGCAUGUAUGCUGCAGUCUUGCACACAAACAUGUAAAAUUGUAUUAAACUAUACAUUUAAAAAUAGCCAAAAUUAAAAGUCCACAAUUAACAGCAACCAGUCUGAAGAACCAACCCUAAUAUCCAGCCACAGCUUAUCCUGCAGAAGGUCAGUGGACGAGAGGCGAAGUACACCCUGGAUAGGUCACCAAUCUGUCACAUGGCCACCACAAAGAGAAAAACAAUCAUUCACAUCCUCACAGCCAGUUUAAAUCAACAAUUAACAUGCAUGUCUUUGGUCUACAGAGGGAAGUAGGGCAACCGGAAAAAUCUCACAUGGGGCUUACAUGUUAACUCCACCAAGGUUUGAACGUUUUUGGUGUGAGCAAACCACUGCAUCACUGUUGUGUACGCUCCUGGUUUGUAUUACUGAUGCAUUAGUUUAAAUAUAUGAAAAUGCAUAGGAUACACUAGAUUUAUGUGGAAACCCCUUCAACAAAAGUACAAUCUGAAAAAUGUAAUGAAUGCCUGGUAAACUGGUAAAGUAAGUAAUUGCACUGAGGUUCUGCUGCUGCUGCACAUUUCUGUUUUUGCACAUAAUCCUCUCUGUAACAGUUUGCAUUCCUUGCAUUCAUUGUGUUUGCAUAAAACACACAAAGCAUCCAAAUUCUGCCUAUACUCUCAGCAAAACUAUUACAAGUACCUUACAGUGCAAACUAAAACCUAAUUCCUGCUUCACUUAGGAUAUGUGGAUCUACCAUGCCUUAAACAUCAUAUUUGUUUCCCAUGAUUUUUAUCACCAUUUUCACAAUGUAGGAAUGAAGUGAAAAAUGUCUGCAUUUAAUAAACAUAUUACUGGUAAGUUGACUGACAAAUAGAAUACAUUUUUUUUUCAUAAAGGAACUAUGAUGAGCAUACACAAAUGCACAAGU